CCGGUGGUUCUAGUCUUUCAUUCAGCAUCCACUAUCAGCUACCGUCCGCCAGCGUUAGUUCUCCGCCAGCAGCGCCAGUGUCUAGGUUUUGUCCGAGAAAAAUAUCUCCAUUCCAUCAUGAAGUGUGAAAUUAUUCUUCUGUUUGCAUGUGCAUCUCUCGCGCUGGCUGCGCCGCAAAGGUCAGACGCUGAGGCAGAAAUCCUCCAGCAGGAAAACAACAUCGAACCGGACGGCGAGUAUCAGUACAGUUACGAAACAGCCAACGGUAUCCGAGGUCAGGAAACGGGAACGCUCAAGCGUGCCAGCAGUCCCGACACCAGUGAUGUAAUUGUGUCGGCCGGUUCUAUCAGCUACACCGCACCCGAUGGCAGCUUGGUCGAGCUGAGCUACACCGCCGACGACGAGAACGGAUUCCAGCCGUCCGGCUCUCAUCUGCCCACGCCACCACCCAUCCCGGCCCAGAUCCAGAAAGCGCUAGACUAUUUGGCCAGUCUGCCACCGUCGAACCGGCGGCGCUAGAGGCGUCAACAUCCUGGCAUCCCCCCAAAGCCGGCCAAUACUCAGCGCAAAAACCCAAAACCCACUAAACGGUCCGACACUCACGAUCCUCGAAACACAAACACACUCAAACAAACACAAACACAGAUGAAACGGC